GUCACACGGGCGGCCAUGUUUUCUGAAACACAAACAACAAGAGAAAAGCAGCAGCAGCAGCAGCGACUCGGAGCCAGCAGACACACACACUGAGCGACCGUUGGAGGCGAGGGAAAGAAGAAAAAAAAAACGGAAAUAAAAAAAAACAGAUUUACAGAUAAUAACGCGGAGCAAGAUUAUUUUUCCUCAGUAAUAUUCUGUCGAAUGAAUACGUUUACAGUGUUUAAAAAGACCAAUGCAUACCAUAUAUCGGCUGUAGAAGCGCCGUGCAGAGCAGCAGUCUGAAGGCGUACAAAGGGAGGAGGACAGGAAAUUAAGGAGAUACCUUGAAGGUCUCCGUCUAUCCACAUUUCAGCUGGAGCCAGAGAGGAGGCGGAGGAGGAGGAGGAGGAGAGAAGGGAGCCGGGGAGCACGAGUCGUGCCUGCUUUUGGCAGCUUUUCCAGCAGCCACUUGGGUUCACUUUUCCCCCUCCUGCAUUGCCUGUUUUUGGGCUUUUGUUUAUUGAUGAACCAGUUCAUAUUUUUAACUUUGUGAGAUUCAACUGCUGUAAAACAAAAGAACGGAAACCUAAGAUCUUCAAGAGAGUUUUAUUUUUUUGUUCCAUCAUUGAUUUUCAAGAUUCUUUUUGUUUAAUUUUUUUUUAUGUUUUACAACUUUAUUCAGCUGUGAGUAGCAGGAGCUUCCAUUCUCCAAACUAUCAACGAAAGCCCUUCCUUCCUUAGAUAGGACCUGAUAACCUGGUAUUCCUCAAGCACCUAAAACUGGCAGCUAUUCUCUUCGUCUUUGUGUGUUUGGGGAGUCCUUCUGUGACCACAGCUUAAGCACCACUCAGCCUUCUAGUCACCUAAGCCUAACUAAAGCCAGCCAGCUCUAGCCUGGUCCAGCCCAGUCUAGCCUGCUCCGAUUAUUUGGACAGGAUACUCAGUUCUGUUGGGACGUGAGGAAUAUGACUGCUGAGACUCUUAACUUCGGCCCAGAAUGGCUUCGUGCACUGUCCAGUGGGGGGAGUGUGACGUCUCCCCCUCCUUCCCCUGCCAUGCCAAAGUACAAGCUGGCCGAGUAUCGCUACGGCCGAGAGGAGAUGUUAGCACUUUAUAUCAAAGACAACAAGGUCCCAGAGGACAUGCAGGAUAAGGAGUUUGCUGCUAUUUUGCAAGAUGAGCCCAUGCAGCCCCUGGCACUGGUGCCUCUCACCGAGGAGGAGCAGAGAAACUUCUCCAUGUCCGUGAACAGCGCAGCAGUGCUGAGGCUCAUGGGAAAGGGAGUGGCCAGUGCUGCUCCCACGGGAGUCGUUCGAGGACGAGGGGCCGCUAGAGGUGGUCGAGGCCGAGGCCGUGGUGAAGGGGGAUUCUACCAAAGAAGUAUUGAGGACGCUGAAGUGGGAUUUAGUCGCAGCGUCCGAGAGAUCCACCGCAGCCAGAGCUGGGACGACCGGGGCGAGCGUCGAUUUGAGAAGCCGCUGCGGCGGGAGGUGGGGCGGCCCACUUUUGAAGAAAGCAGUGGUCCCGUGGCUCCGGCGAGGAAGGAGUACACAAGGGCUGACAGUGAUAACUGGCGCACCCUUAGAGAGGAGCAGGAGGAGGAAGAGGGGGAACCAGGAACCAACUGGAGACUCUCUGGACUCCGCAGGGAUGAUGGUGGUCCUCGCUCAGCAGGCUGGCGGGAACACAGCGGUCCAGGUGAAGGUCGCAGAAGGAAGUUUGAUUUCGACUUCCGGGACUCCGAGGGUCACGGUGCUGGCCGCCGGCGUGCAGGGAGCGAGGGAUUUGAGGACGACAGGGACGGCCUGCCUGAGUGGUGCACUGAUGAGGAGGAUGGAGGAAUGGGAACGUUUGACUCUUCUGGAGCCUUCAUGCCGAUGAAGAAGGGUGGCAAGGAGACAAUCCUGGAGGAAGAGUUUGAUUUUAAGGGCAUAGAGGAGGAGGACGAUGAGGAGGGCUUUCCUGAUUCAGAGAGGAGCAAUGGAGAAGGAGAUAAAGACAUGGAGAGUAGAACUCUCCUUCCUGCUGCAGGGGAAGACAAGAUGAAGCCGCCAACACCCUCCUCCUCUCCUCCCCACUGUGCCCCACCGUCACUGGAGCUGCAGCCUGGAAGCGGCGCUCCAGUGAUGGAGAACUCUCAGAUGAACAGCAGCCACUCUGUCAAGGCCAGCAACGUUGCCGGGGACGACGCGGCCUCCGUCGGAGCCUCCAAGGCACAGCUCAGCCCCAGCGUCGCCUCCAACGCCACCUCCUCCAGCCUACCUCCCCCUCCCUCCUCCUCUGCUGCUCCGCUCCACCCUCCCUCUGGGGGAGACACUGAGGACGAUGAAGGCCUGAAACACCUGCAACAGGAGGCAGAGAAGAUGGUGGCUUCACUGCAGGACACUUCUUUGGAGGAUGAGUGUUUCACCCAGGCUCUGCAGCAGGAGAGCAGGAACACGGCGGCUGCUCUGCCGUUAUCUCAUGAAGCUGCCAUGAAGUGGUUCUAUAAAGACCCACAGGGAGAGAUCCAGGGUCCGUUCACCACGGUGGAGAUGUGCGAGUGGUUCCAGGCCGGCUACUUCACCAUGACCCUGCUGGUGAAAAGAGGCUGCGACGAGGGCUUUCAGCCACUGGGGGAAGUCAUCAAGAUGUGGGGCCGCGUGCCCUUCGCCCCCGGGCCCUCGCCGCCGCCCCUGCUAGUGAGGCAGCUCCCUCCAACGCAGCGCUCGCAAUCCACCCGGGGAUCCUCCGGGACUGGGAACCUGGAGCAGGAGCGGCUCAAAAAGCAGCAGGAGCUGGCGACGGCAGCUCUUUAUCAGCAGCUCCAACAGCAGCAGCUAUUCCAGCUCAUUAACAGGUGCAGUGAGCAGGGUAUGAUGCCUUCGAUGAACAGGUCGAUGUCAGUGCCAGAUACAGGGUCCAUGUGGGACAUGCAUACCUCAGCUUCACAGUCGUCAGGCGGUGAAGCCAGUCUUUGGGACUUAACAAUGAAUCCUAAUACUCAGGGUCCAACUCUUGAACAGCUUCAGAAGCUCCAGGAGAGGCGAGACGCCGAACUCAGGGCGAAGCGCGAGGAGGAGGAGCAGCGCAAGAGGAGGGAGGAGAAGAGGAGGCAACAGGAGGAGCAGAAGAGAAGGGUGGAGGAGGAGGAACUCUACAGACGCAAGCAGCGUCAGGAGUUGCUCAUGAAGCUGAUGCAGCAGCAGUCCUCCCAGCAACAGGGUCCUGGAGUGGGAGGCUCAGGUUGGAGCAGCGCCUCCUCUUCUGGGCUUUCCAAGGCAGGGAAGUCUCUGACCAUGCUGGAGAUGCAGGAGGCAGAGAGGAUCUUAAAGCAGCAGCAACAGAGAGCCCAGCAGCAAAGACAUCCCAGUCUGUCUAUGGGGAGCUCCUCCUUAGGCGGGCAGUGGGCCGAUGGAGUCGGCAUGUGGGGCGGUGGUUUGGAGGGGAAAGGCGGAAGCGGAGGCUCGUCCAGCAGCAUGGGGAUGUGGGACGAGGCUGUGAAGAACCAGGGCGGCCUGCGUGGGAACGGCAACAACAACAUGGGCUUGAAGAACAGCCGCAGCAGCCCCUCACUGACUGAUCAGUACAUGAUGCGUCGCAAGAGAACAGAGGAUGAGGAGAAGCUGCUGAAGCUGCUGCAGGGCAUGAAGCCUCAGGACGGCUUCACCACCUGGUGUGAACAGAUGCUGCACGCUCUCAACACCUCUGCCAACAACUCCUCUUCCUCUCUGGAUGUUGCCACUAUUGUGGCUUACCUGAAGGAGGUGGAGUCUCCCUAUGCAGUGCUGGAUUUCAUCCGGUCCUACCUUGGGGACACAGUGGAAGCCAAAGAGUUCGCCAAACAGUUUCUGGAGCGACGUGCCAAACAGAAAGCCAACCAACAGAGACAGCAGCAACAGCUUUCAAAAGAAGUGGGUGGGUUGAACAUGAACUUCCCUCUGCAGGACUCAAUGCGAGGUAUGAAUCCAAGCACUCUGCAGUCCAUGUUUCAGGCCAACCACAUGGGCAAAGGUAGUCUCUAUGACAACCAGGGAGGAAAGAUGAAGAAGAAACCAUCCAUGAUGCUGCACUCUGAUCCCAGCAUCUUGGGUUACUCAUUCCACAACACAGGCGAUUGUCUGGGCAUGAAUGAUAUGGAGAUGGUGGAGGAUUACUGAUGUGACACAGCGCAGCAGCAAUAGCUACCUGAGGCCUUUUCUGUCUUUUAAUCAGACAAACCUGAUGACGAAUGUGCACUGCUGGGGGAACCUGGGAGGGGGGAGGGGGGUGAGUAUGGGGUCGGGGAUUGGAAUAGAAGGGAGCAAGCAUGAGGGAAGGUGUAGGGUUAAUCCCUUUGCCUCCCUCUGGUUAAAAAAGGGCUCCCUGCUGCACCAGUUGAUCACUAGAGCAGGGGAGGGUGAGCCGGGGUGAGGUUAGGAUGGGUAUCCUCUGGCACUCAAAAGUUUAAGCACCUUAUUCUGAACUAAUGCACUUUAUUGAGAUGGGAUUUGACUAGUCGUUUUAUUUCACGGUGUGUGUGUAUACAUUUGUGUUUGGAAUCGAUGCGCGCAGGACGACGCGUGUUCGUACGCGUCGCCUGCCCGCAUCUGAACUGGAAAGCAGGCAAGGAGGCGAAGGAGUCGGCGAGGCGAUGUUGGGUUUAUACAAGUCAGGGGGACCUUUUUUUUUUUUUUUUUGUUCGAACCUUAUCAGAAAGCAAAUCCUUUCUCGAAAGACAAACACUGUUGAUAUUUCUCUUGUUGAGCAUUUUUUUUUACAUUUAUAUAAAAAGUAAAGCUAUUGAAAAAAAAAAUGGAGUAUAAAAAACUUGAAGAUUUGCACUUGCCUAAAAAAAGAAAUGAGAAAAACAACAAAAAAAAAAAUCCAACAAAUGGGGUUAGUUUAUAGAAGUGAAUAUUUUUGUGAAUGUGAGAGAGCGAGUGUGAUAGUCUGCACAAUUUUUUUUUUUUUCUGUUGCUUACCAAGAUGUAUGAAACAUAAAGAGGCCAUUUUGUCUUAUUUUUUUUUUUUUUUUCCAGUAAUUUCUCCUCAUGUUCAUGUUUGUUUGCUCCCCUUUAUUUUCCAAACGGAUCGGGGGGGGUUGGAUUAUUUCAUGUUUGCUUCAAGAGUGUGACUGAACCAGAGAGAGAGGGCAAACUGCACAAACAUCCUUUCUCUCACCAGCUCUUCAUCUUCAGCUAGAUCUUAAAAAAAAAAGAUGCAUACGGUUUGUAAAUGUUAGCUUUGUUGUCAUGACACAAAAGCUCACCGCUGGUUUAAUUCCCUCUGCUUUGCUGCCGUCGGCGGCUCUUAAAGAGCCGGCAGAUGCCGCAGAUCACGAGGGGCGGUUAGCCCGUGGGCGUCUGAGUGAGACUUUCUAUGUAUGCAUGUGUUUUUUCAGAAGAUGUGUUCAUUUACUGUUCAUAGAAGUGAGUUAAGACUACAGGUACUCAUUUUGUAUGUGCUUUUUUUUUUUCUAUGUGUAUGAAUGCACAUUUGUGCCUAAGAACUUUGAUAUAGGGUGCAUGGCCAUUGAGACAUUAACUCUUUUUCGAGAGCGGAUGUGAUGUGUGUCGGUGCUCAGCACAUUGUAUGUAAAGUUUGUAAGUUUAUAUGGUAAAUAUUUCUAGUUGUCUGUUUUUGGGGGGGUGGGGUGAUCCAUCAGAGAGGUUAGUCCAGUUAGUUUUUUUUUUUUCCUGGGGUGUGAUCACGUUGCCUUUUGUCAGCUCUCGAUCUUGUGAAUGAAAGGUGUCGAGCUUCUGACUCUGGAAAAAACAAAAAAAAGAAAAGAAAAAAUACAGCAUCUUUAAUGUGCAACGGCACCAACGGUGCGAGAAAUGUUAGCAUAUUGUGUUACUUCGUUGUUGCAAUUUGAUAAUGCGGAGUUUUUUUUUUUGUUUUUGUUUUUUUUUUAUGAAAAUAUAUAUAGAAUAUAUACAUUAUAUACAAAGUUUAAAAAGUAUUUGGACUAAGAUGAGCACUUGGGGCUGCUAUUUGUGUUGUGUGUUAAAUUUUUUUUUCCCUAAUUUGUUAGAUUUUUGUUUCAUUGCCAUGUGAAGUGUAUUAUUUUUUUUUUCUUAAAACAUUGAAUGUAUUCCAAAAAAUAUUACAAACCCGUGCUGAUUUUUUUUUAUUUUAUUUUUUUUUAUGUAUAUUUUUUCCUCAGAAGAUUUCAAAAAAUGGAAACAGAAAAAAAAAUAGCUUCAGAGAGGUUUUCAUUUCCACAGUUGGAGAAGAAGAAAUGAAAACUAAAACCUCUGGAUGGAUACAGUUGAACACACUGCCUCUACAAUCCUGGUCGUUGUGACUCGGAACUAAAAAGAAAGGACUUUUUUUUUUUUUUUUUUUCUAUUCCAUACUGGAGCUUUGGUUGUUUACAAACCACAUGGAUAACUGUGGGUGCAGUUAUAUAUAUAUAUAUUUUUUUUUUGUUUAAAAAAAAAAAAUUUUUUUGUCUUCGUUUUUGUUCCCACAUGAGGCGGGUGGGGUUUGCAAGUGCGCUUCUGCCAUAUGGACAAUGAGUGGUGUUGGGGUUUUAUUUUUGUUUUGCUUGACGAGUGGCAGGAAUCAGAACAGCAUGGGUGAGCUCCUCAAAGUCGGCCUUGUUAAUAGAAAAAAAAAAAAAAAACCCUGAGGAUGGACUAUGUUUUCUGGAAAACGGAGUACAGGGCAGAAUGAGCAUUGAGGGAACUGAGAGGCCAAAAAAAUAAAACGAGGAGCACACCUGGUUUGUGCGCUCGUCUCCACGUCAACCCUCCUACGCACUCGCACCCUGCUCUCACCGACUCACCUAUGCACUUUUGUUCAUUCAAGCUGUGAGGUACAAUUCUGGGGACGGGAGCACAAUUUACAACAGGAGGAUUGCUACGACUUUGAUUCAAAGUCUCAGAGAAAAAAAAAGAUAUUCCCAAACUGAAACGAGAGACUCGAGAAGCCCCCGUCUUCUCUCACCUCCUGUAUAUAAGCAUAUUUUUGUAUUACCUUUUUGGAAUAGAAAGAAAAAAAAAAAUUCAAAUGGAUGAAGGAAAAUUCAUGAGGCGUUGGACUGAAUGUUCCUCAUGGAGAUGAAACCAAUCGUUUUCAGUAGUUUUUAAUCGGACUCACCGUGAGUUUCCCUUUACACACCACUAACCUUGAAAUAAUUGGGGGGGAUGCAAGGGAAACAAGCAUGGACUGGGUCGUUUGGAGGCGCCAACUCAUGGUUUCUUAUCCAGAGGUUGAGUCAUCAAGUGGCGGACGCUGUCGCCAAGGAUGCUACCACUUGGUUUUCUCAAACUGAUGACGACCUUCAGAGCUGUGAAGUCCCUGCAGGAGGAGAGCAGCAUGGUGAUUGGCUUUGCUUUAUUUGCUGCCCUCUGUGAAGAGGAUUUAAUCCGCAGCCAGCCCAUGAAUCGGCUCACCAAAUCCUGCUCUUUUGAACUUUACCCCUAAGACACUUGUCUCGUUCCCGGACCGAGCGGCCCAUUGGCAUUAUCAGUCGGACAGUUCAUCAACCAUCGCGUUUGGCACGGGGUUCGAUCAGACGCCCUCCAGCGAGGAAGAGGCCAAAUAAAAAAAGGGGCCUGCGUUGCUACAUACAAUGGUCAUAAUCCACCUCAGCCUGAAGCCCUGGAAAGAUGGUUACUUUGACAUGUAUAACCAGCCCUCCUUUCUAAGAAGUCCCAAGACGAGGAAACGCAGAGAGAUGGCGGCUGUCUUAAAUUUGCUGCUGCAGUGGAACUGGAUAGACUUGUACAAAACGAAAAGACUCUAAAACACGACAAAUACACAAACACGUCGCAAAAAUUCUCACGUCCAAAGGAGCGGCAAACAUACACUACAUGCACAUUUCCAGCAGACGUUACACACCAUAGCGAUCCAUGAAUAUCAGCUCGCAGAGAGACGGACGCAUCGGCGCUCACCAGUUUAAACGAUGCGCUUUGUAAAUAAUGUUAAAGUUGGUUUGGGUGACAUUUUGUCUUCUUUUUUUUUUCUCGCAUAGUGGGGUUUUGCUUUAUUUCUUUGUUCAACAUGCCUUAAAUUGUAUAGUAAAGUCUUGAAUGACUAACUGAAAAUGUUCUCAAUGAUAAACUUUAGUUGGAAACCACCUUGCUAACUUAAUUCAGGUUUCAGAAAGUUUUCAACACCUUUUUUUUGCUUCUGUUUGCUAACAGAAUUGUCUAUAGACCUCACAUGUUCAUCCAAUCACCUUUAAAAGUUACUAGCUAACUACAGAGUAGAGCGGCAAGUGUUUUGUUCUUUAAAUCGAUAUUUGCCGGUGGUUGGAUUUUUGUUGCUCUUUUGUUUUCAUGAAAACGCAGAGUGAAUUUUUCUGGAGGUAGUGCUUUUUUUUUUUUUUAAUCUCCUGAAGGAGUUAAGGUCUGUACUCUGGGGAGCUGAGCUGACCGGGUUGCAUUUAAUUAACCGUCCCUCAUCUCACUGCUGCAGAACUGUGUUUAAAGACUCUGAGUGAAUAAGUCAUCCUUAAAUUUUAGAUGCAAGACUCUCCAUACACUCCAAGAAACUUGCAUGUUUAAAAAAAAAAAAAACCUACUGAUUUGCAGGUUUGAGGUACUCUCGUAACUGUACGUAUUCUAAGAAAAAUAAGAAUUUUCUAUUUUAACCUGGGUAUUAUUAAAUGCUUACAUUUAAUUAAUGAUUAAAUGUGCAUAGCGUUGAGCUCCAGAUAUCAGGCACCAAGUGCAGGAUUUAUUUCCACAGAAUGCAUUCCUGCUCAUUGACUGGACAUGCUGUAAAGCUAACAAAAGUCAUAGUUGCAGCUCUUCAACCCAAACCCCCCACUGCUCUGUGUGGCGAUCCAUAUAACCAGUGUAUAUGUACAAUAAUAAAAAAGAUUCCUCACCAUCACAGUUGGAAAUAAUGACAGAUGGUCAUUAAAUUUCUUAAUUUUUAUGUUAAAAAGAAUUCUAAUCUGGUCACCAGAGGUGCUCCAAAGAAACAUUGUCUGAUUCCCAGCUGGAUGAUUCAUCUUUGCUUGGCAGUUGAUCAUUGGUUGAUUUUGAAAGUGAAGCUUUAACUCCCCAUCUGUGCUCUGAAUUUAAAUGCAUCACCAGUCAGAUGGAUCAGAGUAAGUAAAGAGCCUAGAGCGUUGGGUUAAAAGGUUUAAAACAUUUGGCGUUUUUAGUCUGUUUCAGUAUCCUUGCUUACUAUAAAAAAAUGAAUUUUUUUUAAUCAAGGCUUAAUGACCUCCAGGUUGACUAUUGGUCGCCUGUAGCCAUCAGUGGAAAUCUCCAGAAGACUCCCAUUAGGAUUGAACUCAUAAAUUGCAGCUCGAUUAUGUUAAAACAAAAAAAAAGGACCCAUAUGCCAAAAAUAAGACAUUAUGCUAAACGUACUAUAAGCUACUGUGGGAUAUUUUAAGAUGAUUCUCUGCAGCACAAUGCUUUUAUGAUUACAUAAACUGCCGAACCUUUGGCCAAAAAAAAGAAAAGCCAAGAAGAAAAGGAUGACUGGUCGCAGACUUCUUAAAUUCAUCUUGUAGUUAUUAUUUUUUUUGCAGCAUAUUUUUUAAAAAGGAUUUUAAUUGUCACCCAGCCAGUUCAGCUCCCUUUGUUUCGAGUCUUUUGAAUGUUGGAAAAAAAACAGCGAACUGUACAUUUAAUGAAACCGUUUCAGAAAAAAAGAUCAAAUGAAAACUGUAAAUAGUUUGCCUCCUGUUUGAAGAACAAAAUAAAUACUAAAUAAAUGGCA